CACACUUACAGGAAGUGGAGGAGUUGUUUCUUAUCAAUCUUCAAGCUCGAGCUUUACGUAAACGCGGGGAAAAUGUGGCGCAUGAAGGUUCUGGACGAGAAGAAAUGAAAUAUUCGCAGAUUUUCACUGAUUUCCCUCAAAUCGGAUCAAAUACGAGUCACGGUACAGUGUGUGUGACAGCAUGUCCACAUCAAGAGUCACGCUUCAGAUUUUACUUGUUACGCUCAUCGCCUCCACUGUAUCAGGGCUGACCAUCACCCCUGACAGAGGCACCACCUUCAAUAUCAGUAAUUCUCAGGUCAGAGGUUGCAAAGUGUGCACGGGUGCAGGACGCUCACGGCAAUGUGAUCCAUUUGUUCUGUUAAAGGACAACACUCCUGUCUCAGUGGAGUUUGAAUGCGCCAAACCUCAAGAUGUAUUCAGUGUGGACAUUGUGCGAAAUAUAGAAUGUACCACAAAGUCGUGCAGUGGCCACAUCAUCCCGGCUGAUUUCGGCUUGCUGGAUUUUAACCGUUCGUUCACCUGGAACCUGAGGGCCUCUGCGCCGAAAGCUUUCAAAAUAGACUUCGGCAACACGGGUCUAAAACAGAUUAAUCCAUCAGAGAGAUGUCCAGACGGUCACAGCUACUCCCUCAAGGCCUUCCAGACAACAGGGAAUGUGGCCGUAGGGAAAUACUGCAAAACGGGGCCUGUCAGCAGUGCUCAGAUACUGAAUCAAGGGAGCUUUUCUCUGGACGUCCCAGCAGGGCAAAAGCUGCAAAAUGGCCAGUUUGACGUGUCUCUCGGGGAAGAAAUCAAAUCCCUCGCCAAAAUUACCCUGACGUUACCGAGAGGGACCUCGUCCUCAGAGCUGUUCUCCCCAAACUACCCGGACAGUUUUCCCGAUGAUGACGUGAUGGAGUGGUACUUUCAGGUUCCGGACAAACACAAGAUAUCCGUUCAGUUCUUAAAUCUUAUAGAGCCGCGUUGUCUGAAGAAGCAGACAGCAGUGAAGUACCAAAGCAAAGGGAGAGUGGCGUCAGUGCUGAAACUGAAGGACCCCCAGCCGGCCCAGGAUCAGGGGAACUUUGCUCUGACGCUGACGAACUGCGAGAUGGACAGAAGACGUGCUGGUUCUCCAGGACUGUCGCUAAGCCUCAAGGUGUCAUCUUUACAUACAGGAUUACCAGUGACGUGUAAAGUGGAUCUGAACAAAAUGGAGGGCCUUUCUCUGCACAUCGAGAAGUCGAGACUAGAUUCCAACUGCAAGAUGAAAAUAAGAUCAGCGCUGAAGGACAAGAUCACAGUCACACCAGGGAGUCAGCUGACUUUCCAGGACUGCUUCCCUGAAGACGUACAAGUCACCGCCACAAGAGUCAUAGAGUGUCAUCAACCCAUGGAGUGCCAGAAGUCCCCAGUCCGUCUGUCGGUGCCUGUGCUGCCGAGCUGCCUCCCUGCUCCUCUGAGCAGUGUGACGUGGACUCUCCGUCCUCCUAAACACGGCACCGUGGAGCUGACCUCUGCCUCUGGGCACCUCAAGCAGUCCUUACCUGGGCAGCAAUGCAACAACAGCAUCUCUAUCAAAGUGGACGAAGACGAUGGCAAUCAUAUCGGACAGUUCUGCACUCAAGGAGCCAUACAGAUGGUCCAAAUCCACAACAACGCCUCUGUCACUGUGUCCGGCGUGGGGAUUACAGCACUGCGGACAAGCAAACAUGUGCUAAAUGCCAUUUUGAAAGAGGAGAUAUCAGAAAGCUACAUAUUCAAUGUGUCUCUAAAGAGAGACAAUCCUGUCCUUUUGGCUACUCCGGGUUGGCCAGUAGGAAUGAGGUCUUACUCCACCGUCUCCUGGAUCAUCUCCGUUCCCCCUAAGAUGGAGGCUCACCUGAUGUUCGCCAACCUCAGCCAGCCCAAGUGCAACGAACGGCACACUAACAUCAGGGUGCAGAGGGUUGGCUGUCCGGAGGAGCUGUACAGCCGCAGGGAGGACGAGGAGGCCGAGGCUGAGAUUGUUGUCUCAGACAACUUCUACCUCAACAUGUCCAACUGUAUGCCUGAAGUAGACGGAGGACACUUCAGCGUCAUCACCAAGAUCACCCUGCAGAAGAACCGUCUGCUGACGACCAUCCUGAGUGUGGUGGCUGCUCUGUUGGUCAUUUUUGUCACCGUGCUGGUCGUGGUCUGUGUGGUGAUUAGGAAGAAGAAGAAGAAGCUGAAUCAUGAAGUCUCCAUCUACAAUCCAAAUGGCGUGAGCUUCCUCCCAGGACACAACAGCCUCCCAAAAACAGAAGAGGACGAGUACCAUGUUUACGCCUCCAUAGAGGACGCGCUGGUCUACACGCACCUGCUGAGGAAGGGGGAAGAGAUGGGCAUCUACAGGGAGUAUAACACACAUCAACCCUUCCCCGGACCCAAAGACUCACAAAAGCCGCUGGUCUCUAAAGACGCUGGUGACGACAAAAUGCCAGUCGGGACUUACCAGCAGUUUCAGGCUCCUCCACUUCCCGUCAGGCCCCCGAGCCACAACCAGCCCCUGGUGGACAAUGUCAUUUACCAGACUGAGGACCAAAGUGAAGACUCUCCAAAACUGGGGCUGCGGCUGGAGCCAGAGGGAGGAAACUGAGCAGGAGAUUGGAUUCAGCUUUCUGCUUUUCUCUUGACCUACUUGAACUCUGAGAUAUUCAUUCCCUGGUAUCUUUGUGAUUACCUGCCUUGCGAGAAGCGUUUUCUCCUGAGCGCAGUUUUGCACCAAAGCCAGGAACAAAAAAUAACCCUGCUGAAACCUGCCCACAGCUGUUACCGUGUUUUAUCUCAGAUAAAGGCAGUACAUAACCAUCCUCUUUAUGCGAGUUUUAAGAAAAGAUUGUGUGUUACAUUAAGGCAAUGAGUAUUUUUCAAUUUUGAGAGAUUUUGCAUGCAUCGUAGUUGUCUAUACUGGAGCAAACGUGUGUGCUGUUUACAUGCUGAGUUUUUCUUCUUUUUUUCACAUUAAGGCAGUGUACAGAAAGGACUCCAUUGCAAUACCCUGCAUUUUUAUAGCAUCAUUACAACAUGAUGGUUUGAUGAUGGUCUGUGUUGCAGCAGAUUGCAGCAGCAGUGUAUGUGCACAGAGUAAUAUCUUUCUAUUGUUUAUCGCCUGCUUGGAGUGUCAAGACACAAUGUCAUUACACCAUAAAUGUGCCUUACAGAGGGGGCAACACACCCCCGCUGAUACACCUAAGGACAUUUGAGGUGUCUUUUCAGAGUGUUUUACUUCUUUUUUGGACCCACACUUUGGGAAUCUAAAGACUGAUCUGCUGCUUGUAAAGUGAUCUGUCAGAGAUCACGAGUCAGAGAGAUAUUUUACAGUGUGUUUUGGGGACUACAGGCCCUUUCUGACAUGAAACUAAAAUCUUUGUACAUUCUUAAUUUCUGUCAGUGAGAAAAAGGCAAUGUCUUUCUUUGUUUUAGGACCAAAUUGUGUUAUUAUUUACUGUUAGCUGUAAAAGAGAAUCUGUGUGAGUCAUAUAAUUUAACAAGUUUGUGUGAUGAGUGUGUUGUUGUGAAGACAGAACAACAAACUGAUCAAUAAGGUCAUGUUAAAACCAAGUCCCAACUGAUUUAAAGUCAAGUACAGGUUAUUGUUCUGUGAAAUUUAAGUUUUUUGCAUUAACUGGGAUAGGAAACAGUAACAUUGUGUAUUAAAAUAUUUUUUAGGGUAUCUAUUGUCAUUCGGCUGAACUAGGAGGUGCCAGAAUAUUAACUUGUCUCAUCUGGGGGGAAAUAGGAUUUAAGUGUGACAAACAAAAUGUGUGAAAAGGCUGAAUAAAUUGUGUUGUGUUUUCUUGUUAAGCCAUGUCGCCUCCUGCAGUUCAGAAAAUGAACUGCAGAGGGAAACAAAGUCAAAGUUGCCAUAAAUCCAUUCUCAGUUUUGAGGAAAUAAAGUGUCCACUGUAAAACAAUGCAAGAACUCUAUACAUGGAGUUACUUUGGUUAACAGCCACGUAAAAUAUGAGUGGAAAUACUUCACAGUCUGACCGUUUGACAUUGUGAACGCUACUUCUGAGUUCUGAUGUUGGUGGAUGUCCAUGGAGACGUCCAAACAUGGCAAUCUGCUUUAACCCUGCUUUAAAUGAGUAAACUACUAAAAGUGCCAAAACAGAAACUGGUUUUCCAUGAUGGAAAACGUGUGGGUAGGGUGGAGACACAAGAAGUCAUUUGACUCAUGAAGUUGGGACUUUCCUUCACAGAUGUUUUCAGAAAAGUUGGACCAGGAAACCUCGAGAGGGCUCAAUAGUGCAUUCGUUUGAAAUCUGAAAAUGUUUCAUGUUUUAGUUAGGGAAAUGUUGAUCUCUACACCCAUACAUCCUCCUCUUUCAUAGGCAUAGAUUUCAGGGGGAAUGCAAGGACACAUCCACUCAAAAUUCAGAAUGUGAAUUUGUACCCCACAAUAAAAUCAUGAAAGUGGCAAAGGUAUUUUAAAAAUAAUUUAAAAAGAUAUUAACAGCAUGAAUUUGUGCAGAAAAGGCACACGUUGAUUCAGAAAUAAACAACAGAAUGCAGUGUUUGAUGCUCAAAAUUUCUUUUGGGAGGGCCCAAACCUUCUGUUUGGCAUGCGUCCCUCUCUAUGUUAAGACAAAUCUCACACCCCUGUCCUCUCUGCCUAAAAUAUGUUUAAUAAAGCUGUGAUACUUGGUCAAGACAAAA